CGCCCUUCCGAUUUGCCCAGACUGUAUGCCCCGCCUGGAGCAGGCGCCCGCCCCCUGUAGGAGCUGCGAGCUAGGCGCCAAAGGCCGGAGCUAGACACGGGGAGAGAUCCUUGCCCUGGGAGCCCCGUCAACUUAGACCGGUGCUCUGUCAGCUUAGCCGGGUCUGCUCGGCCCCGCCGCUGCCAUGCAUGGCUCCCUGCGCCAAUGGCGCCGGGCCGCCACAGUACUGCUGGCCGUGGGCCGCGCGCACCCUGGUCCGAGCCCCGCUGCCGCGGCCGAAGACUACGAGAUCUUAAUGCUGCAGCGUACCCAGAGUAGUGGAUUCUUGCCCGGCGCCCACGUCUUCCCUGGGGGCGUCCUGGACACCUCAGACAGUUCGACCGACUGGCUUCAAGUCUUCAAGCCCUACCACGGGCCGCCGGGUUUCGGCCUGACCAGCUUCGGGAGACCUAGGGAAUCCUAUCCCGAGGUGCCCUUUGAGUCCCAGACACAGUCCCAUUCGCUCAUCCCGGAAGACGUGGCCCACCGCAUUUGCGCAAUACGGGAAACCUUCGAGGAAUCGGGCGUCCUCCUGCUGCACCCUGCUGGCGCCGAGACCUUGCACCUGCCUCGGGCAUUUGUGCUGCCGGACGACCUGGCCUCCUGGAGGACCCGGGUCCGAGAAGACCCUCGCCAGUUCCUCCAGUUGUGCCAGCGCCUAGGGUGUAUGCCCAACAUCUGGGCCCUGCAAGAAUGGAGUAACUGGCUCACACCAUUUGUGAAGAAAGGAGGCAGGCGCUAUGAUACAAAGUUCUACAUCUGCUGUCUCCAGGAGAAACCCCAGACCUUCCUAGACAUGAUAGAAGCCAUUAAAUGCGAGUGGUUGACUCCAACAGAAGCAAUUAAAAAAUUUGAAGAUGAAGAAAUAUUGUUGGUACCUCCCCAGUUCUACGAGAUAAGAAGACUUACGCAAUUUGCUUUUUUAUCAGACCUGCACAAAUUUUGUUUGGACCGCAUUUCAGAAGGAUGUGAAAGAUGGCUGCCAAUUACAUUGCUAACCCUAGAUGGUAUAAUACAGCUCUUACCAGAGGAAGAAGUGAUCUUACUUAUGAGGACCAACAUCUCUACUUAUGCUCUCACCUCUCACCUUUCCUGCCUUUUGCAGAAGUCUGCCAUUUCCGUCACCUCUCUUCCACCAGAUUUCCAUCCUUCCUUGUCCACCAGCUCCUGGUAUGUUGCCUUCAAAUAUGCCCAGAUCUCCUUGAUUCUUAAGAAAACAAACAAAAAAAAACCCUCUUCUUUUUAUCCUACUAUUCUCUCAAGUUGUCAUCUUAUGCUUCUUUGCACUUUCACAGACCAACUAGGAAAAAACUAUCUCUAUUUUCUCACCUCCCCUUAAUUUCUUAGCCCCUGCUACUCUCAGAAGUGAAUUUCUCUUUUUAAUGUCAUCUCUCAGUGACCUGAAGGUCAAAUACCACUGAGUAAAUUCAGUUUUGACGAGCCUCAGAAAAAAGGAAAUUAAGCCAAUAAACCAACGAGAUAGGAAACAGUGAUUCCACAUGCACUGCUCCUGUAGGUGGUCCAAGCAAAUUAAGAAACUAUGAUUGGUUUCUGAGAUGUGAUGUGUGAGAGUUAAUAGGUAGAGAAAAAUGCUUAUAAGUUGAGACCAGAAGUAAGAGUGGAUCUUUGGCACAUUUGUGGAGGAGCAGAUUGGAGGCAUGGUGGAGUGUAGGAAGGAGCCCCCAUAAUGGUGGCCACUGAUUAGAAAGAUAAAUACCUCUCUACUUCCCUCCUAUUUUUUCCUCUCUUUCCUACUACUACUACUUUGGUUUAAUAAAGUUAUUAAGCUACAAUCAGCCAAAUAAUUUUAAUUAUUGUACUCCCUGGCUUCUGUCUUUACUGCCAGACUGAAAUUGUUAUUUGGAUGAAAUAUGUGAGAUCACCAUUGACUUCUUUAUUACUAAAAUCAAUAGCUUUUUUCUUAGGCCUCAUCUUUCUUGAUCUUUCUACAUCAUUUGAUACGGUUAACUAUUUUCUCCUUCUGGAUAUUCUUUUUUUUCUCUGGGUUUUCCUGUCAGCGAUCUGUCUUGGUUCCUUUUAUCUAGCUUUUUCUGGAUGAUCUCCUUUGUGGGAUUAUCAUCCAUGCCUCACACUACCAUGUUUGAGUAUGUCUUAGGGUUAUGCCUUGGAUCUUAAUUCUUUUUUCCUCUACAGUCCUUAUUGAUAAUCCCAGAUCCUCUGAAUUGAACUAUGAUCUCUACAGAAAUGACUCAGAAAUAUAUGUAUAUAGAGAGAGAUUUGAAAAUAUUACAAAUCAGAGGCUGAUUUAUUGUCUCAUUGUAAUAUAAACUUAAAUGAUGGAGAAAAUAUUAAUGAGGCAAUUUGAAGUUAAAAUUAUUUUAUUCAUCAUUACACACACACACACACACACACACACAGAAAACUGGUUGUUAUAUACUUACCAAUAUAAUCUUGUAUCCAGUCAUCAUCUCUCUGCCUUGUUUCUUGAAAUCUUCAACUAUCUGCUGAAGUUGAUGCCUUAUAGAACCAAAACUCAUUCAUGCCUUUCCUUCCUAUUCACUUUUUUAUUUCCUUUGAAAAUAUCUUCCAGUCAUCCAGCUUUACAACCUAGGAAUCAUCCUCCUUGUCAUUCACUACCCAUCCACCCCCAAUCAGCUGGCAAGACAUAUCUUCUUGUAUCUGCCCCCUUCUCUACCCUCAGUGGAGUUAAAUUCCACUGACAGGGGGAGGGGGGGACACAAGAGGUGGUACAGACAACUUAAGUAAAUAAAAUAUAUAAAUGUGUACAAAACAAGUAAAAAGUAAGUUCAUAACUAAAGCCACUAACAACUAAAGUUUGUGUUAUUUCAAGUGUAUAUCAAGUUUAACAUGUAAGAGGAGGUGAGAGUUUAGGGGUAAAGAUAAAGUAUUCUCUUUUGGACACAUAGAGUUUAAGCCUACUGAAUAUCCAGUUCAGGCAGGUGGAGAUGUGAGAUUGGAAGUCAGCAGAGAAGCUGGGGCAGGAUGGGUAGAUUUGAGAAACAUUAGCAUAGAGAUGGAAUUAAAUCCAAAAAAGCUGAUGAGAUCAUUAAGUGAUGUAGUCUAGAGGAAGAAGAGAAGAGAGCCCAGGGUGGAACCCUGAGGGACACCUAUACUUAGGCAUCACUAUCCAGAGAAGGAUUCAGCAAAGGAGACACAGAAGGUAUGGUCAGAGUCAUAGGAGGAGAACCAGGAGUAAGUAAUGUCCAAAAAAACCUAGAGAGAAGAGAGUAUCAAAGGGGAGAGAGAGGAGUCAAGGAGAAUGUUGAUUGAGAAAAGGCCAUUGGAUUUGGCAACUAAGAGAGCCUUUGUAACUUUAGAGAGAGCAGUUUUGGUGGAAUGAGAAGGUUGGAAGCUAGAUUGUAAAGAGUUAAGAAGAGAGGGAGAGGAGAGAAGGUGGAGGUACCUAUUCAGAUGCCUUUUUUUUAAGGAGUUUAGCUACAAAGGGCAGAAGACAAAUAAGAAUAGUUAGAAACAAAACCAACAACAGGACCAUGGGCUCACAGAACACAGGACA